UAUUUAGUGGGUGUGUCACGUGAUGAGUGUUUACAUAAUUAUUUUUGGGGUUUACGCCCGAACAGCGAGUUCUCCACACUCUGCUAGAUUGACAGCCUAAUCAACGCAUCACAUUGUACACGGAUUACAGUGCGUGUGCUACUUUCAUUGUCCAGACGAUCUGACAUGUCAAAUAAUACGUAAACACUGGACAUCUGAACAGAUGAAAAACAGCUAUCAUGUCAGACUACAAGAGUAUAACCUUUGGUGUGAACCUCGUUGAAGCAUCAAAAGCAGAAUAUGACUUUUUACUUGAGGUCCAAAAUCUGGAUUGCCUUAGAGACGAUGAUGUGCUCCGUAAUUCCAUGCGUCGUUACGAAAUGCUUUGGCUUCCCCUGGUCAGCUCCCAAGGCAAGAGCAUUCAGUCCGAAUAUUUACAUCCACCAAUUGACAUAGCCUGGGUAUGGCAUUGUCACAUGCUAGCUCCACAUAAGUAUGCCGAAUAUUGCAAGUCGCAAUAUGGAAGAGUUCUUGAUCACUCGGUGAUAAAGUCGAUGGCUGGACACGAGUUAACGCAGAAUAUCUGGUAUAAAACUUAUCCCAGCGAGCCAUUUCUUCUUAACCAAGAAAUAGAGCAUGGAAAACUUCCACAAGUUUCAAUGUCUUAUAAAUCACGUAUGUCGUAUGAUCUUUUGGCAGCCAUCCAUCGACAGCAGGACUUUUUCUACAAUGUUCAUCUACCUCAUUACCGAGACACCAAAUUCUUACAUUCUGCGUUGACUAGGUACCAGAAGUUCCUGUAUCUGAAGAAGAAAAAUCCCUCCGACUUCCUUGUACCUUGUUACGAUAUUGAUUUGAUCUGGCACACUCAUCAACUUCAUCCAGUUGAUUAUGCGAAAGUUACUUGCUCAUUGCUUGGCCGUGUGCUUGUCCAUGACGACACAGUGACCGAUAGAAAUCCAGAGUCCAAACUUUCGUUGUCUGAUGAAAAUACAAGAAAAUUGUGGCGCGAGGAAUACAAUGAAUCGUUUUCCAAUUUUGGUGCCAUGUAUCGAGGCGAUUCUCCAAGAAAUAAACUUUAUCGCCUCACCCGGCAAGAUAUCGAAACAAUGUGUGGCAGAAAAGCUAAUGUCGUUAUUCAAGAAAUAUCUGUAAUGUCACCAAAUAAAAUUGGUGCGAAAAAUAUCAAAUUGAAAAUCUACAAGACCGAUGCUAUAUGUCGGAGUAAUCAAUUUAUAAAAAAACUGACAGGUAAAAUUGGAAAUUUGACAUGGAGUAACCAGGACAUAAGCUUUGCAUAUGGUCCCUACAACCCCACACUAGUUUUUGAACUUUCAACCAGGACUGGCAUAUUUGGUGGAUAUUCUAUAAAGAUUGCUGGAUUUCAAGAAAAAUUUGGUCUUUAUCUCAACCGCCCAGGACUCGAGAGAGGUAGUGAAUUUCAGUUUGAAAGAGAUAUGCAGGUAUCAAAGGCAUUAUCGGCAGCGAAAUGUUUCGUAAGAGGAACAAUUUCACGCCCCGUUCCUGAUGACAUUGUCCUCUCUUUGGAUCCUGGUAAUUAUGAAGAAGCAAACAUGCCAACAGAUGUAGAACAAUUAUGGGGACCAGUUCCUUUGCCAAAGUCCAAUGCACAAAAUAUUUGCCAAGUGGCUUCUCACAGGUUGCGAGACCAAAGUGGAAAUGUGGUUUUCACGUGUCGCUUGAUACACAGUGUGAGUGUUAUGACGUCAGUUGUUCAUGUAUUUUACCACGACAAAAUGGCGGUAGUUGCACACGUGAUCGGUUCUGACCAAUUACCAAUGAAUUCCCAAGUAAUGGAAAACUUAACGUUAAACCCAGGAGCUGGUGAGAGGGCGAUAGUUAUCAAAACUGAGGAGGGGGAUUCUUUGAUACUCGUGGGAAAGUGGUCCGGAUUUGUCCGAGGGCAAGCAGGGAAAAAAGGUCAACGAGGAGUUCGUGGAAAUCCUGGUCAUCUCCAAGUUAAUGUAUAUCGAGUUGAUCAUAAAAGCCCACCACGAAAACAAGAAAUUCAUUUGGGGAAAAGCAUUAUAGAAUUUGAAGGGGUUCGAUUAGACCUCGAGAAAAGCAUACUAACUUGUCGCAGCAACAACGCUGGACAGGUUCCUCAAUAUGUGGCUCUGUCAUUUGCCAUCCCUCUCCUCCACGUCCUCUGUGUACCACGCCCCUCAAACUGGAAACCAGGAGAUUCCCUAAAACCUAAAGUUACAAGUAGAGGUCAACGAAAAAUUGAAAGAUUUCCGGACGAAAACAUGCCUUUUAUGAUGGCUGCUGGUCUUCUACUUUUGACACCCUCUAACCACUACAUUUACCAUACUUACGGUACCAAUGUUUGUGCGGGAUGUGCAGCUGGUGGAAUGGUAUCAGAGUCUCCUGGUAUAGGAUUUGAACAAGACCAGUGUGUCAUCGAUUCAGACGGAGGGUGUUUUGGUGGUGGUGGAGAUGGCACUGAUUGUGGUGGUGGUUGUGGUGGAUGUGGAGGCUGUGGUGGAUGCGGUGGCGGUGGCGGAUGCGGUGGUGGCGGUGGAUGCGGUGGUGGUGGUGGAUGCGGAGGAGGGUGUGGCGGUGGUGGUUGUGGAGGAGGAUGCGGAGGUUGUGGAGGUUAAUUACUUAUAAAGUCGUACAAUGGAAGAUAAAGUUACAUGAUAUACGUCAUAUACAAAUUUUGUGAUACCAAGAUAAAUUAACUGCUGAUCAUAUCAUUAUUCCACUGUUUGUUUUCCUGCUUGUUUCAUGUAUGUCUAUAAGCCUCCUCACUGCAUUAGUGUUGCAAAACUACUACCUAUAUAAUGACGAAGACUUACUUAAUAUGUAUAUGAUCUCUCUUUCAUCAUUAUAUAAACUAAGAACUAACUACAUGUAUAUUUGGUAUUGCUUUAGAACUGAAUUCACAUAUACUGUGUAUACGUCUUUCAACAAAAAAUCCAACAACAACAAUGAAUUGAAUAUGACCCUUUUACCAGUAAAAGUGAACUUCAUAUCGUGUGUUUGUGUCCAUUGACUGAUAUUUCCCAUCCAUAAACUUUUAACUGCAGAAAAUACCCGUUAUUCUGCAUACACAUUUUUCACGAUAAUUUCAUAUUUCUUUGUAAUUCUUACCCACAAUUUUCAUUAACCAGUUUUGCCAUUUAAUAUCAAGGUACUUUAGAAAAUAAUGUAUCAAAGCGUCUCACAUUUCUGUAUUUUGGAGCGAAAUUGAGUGUGAUAGAAUAAUUACAAUAUACAUUUGUAUAUCAAUUACCUGUUGAGGUGUUUAUAUCUCUCAACUGAUUCGAUACGCAAGAGCUUGUUCUGCGUAUAGUCAGUUUUUAAAUCGAGGCAAGCUACUGUCAAACAAGUUGAUGGUAUAGGGGUUUCAACAGUCUCGAUUGAAGUCAGCAUUUCGUAAAUGCAAUGGUCGUUAUAUCGAUCUAGUUCGUCAAUAUAACCUAUGAUUGGGUCAAAUGCUGUCUGACGUGUUUCAUACAGAUUAUUAGGCCGUUCUUGUCACACUGAUUUUAACUACGGAUAACUCCGUUUACCUGAUCAGGAUAUAGGGCUCACGGCUGGUGUGACCGGUCGACAGGGGAUGCUUACUCCUCCUAGGCACCUGAUCCAACCUCUGGUGUGUCCAGGGGUCCGUGUUUGCCCAACGAUCUAUUUUGUAUUGCUUACAGGAGUUAUGAGAUUGAUCACUGUUCGUUAUCUUCGCCUUUCAUGUACCAAUAAGUGAUCAUCUUAUGCAAAUGUGCUGGGUACCAUGGAUAGUGACCUUUGAUCUUGAACGUUAUGUUCACAUAAUGUUUUAAGCUUUUAUGGGUAAAUUCCUCAAGUCAAUGUCUCUUGUUCCUAGUUUGUGGCUUUGAAAUUACCCAUAUAUGAUGUACCUUUUGUUUUACAAUAUUUUAAAGAUUAAGAAUUAAAGCUCAUAAGAUGGUGCUGUAUAUACCAUCCCUCAAUGGAAAUGGUGCACUAGUCGACUCUAAGGCCCUUGAGGCCUUUGAUAUAGGGCUGAUGGUGGAUGUGAUCGGUCGACAGGAGACAUUUACUCCUUCUAGGCACCUUAUGUCACGCCUGGCUUAUCCAGGGGUCCGUGUUUGCCCAACUACCUAUUUUGUGUAUCUUCUCAAUGUUAUGUGAUUGAUUGCUGUUUGUUAUCUUAACCUUUUCAUAAACCAAUUUACGACAAAGUC